GUGAUUGCUACUGAGCGACAGAGAUGGAACUAAAGCUGCAAUUCAUCGUCUCUGUGCUACUUAUACAGGUUUCUCUUGCGCAAUGGCAGCGUUUGACUGUGAAGAAAGGUCAGACACUCAACUUAAGCUGUCCACUUACUAAUGCUCACAAGACCAAUGUGGACUGGAAAAACCCACAUGGAUUCCUUAUGUUCUUCAAUCACAAUAAAGCUUUGAAGGACAAGCGCUACAGAAUCAACAAACUGUCUGUCUCAGAAUUUGCCAUCAGUAUUUCCAAUGUCACCUUCAAGGAUGGAGGGAACUACACAUGCUCUCAGUAUGGCCACCACACAACAGAGAAGCAAGUGGAGGUGACAGUGUUGGGUCUUCCCAAAAUGACAGUAACAAGGCAUGAAGGAAUGUUUAUCAUAAAAUGCACUGCUGAGGCGAACCACCAUCCGUCCCAGAUCUCCUGGAAACUUGACCAUGGGCCUGAAAUUCUUGCAAAUGCCCAGAUCCAUCAUGAAGAUAAAAAAUACAUCACUACAGAUAUGUUACAUGUUCAGUCAGUGGAGAACAGAGUCACUGUGAAAUGCCUUGUUCGCCAUCCAGCCCUGCUCUCACAUCCUCUGAUGAACUUUGUCAAAAUUGGACGCGACACAGCAAAAUUCCACCGCACAACUACGACCAGUUCGCCCACAACUCAGCCUCAAGUGUCAAAAGGGGUGCUGGGAACAACAACCAGCUGGUUCAGACAUGGCAGAACGACAGUGUACCUCACAACCAGAGGUGUGAAUGGGGCUUCACCAGAGAGCUCUACCAAGUUAUCAGCUGUUCCCUCCAAUCACCCUUUUUCCUCCAAUGAGCCAAAGACAGUUACAGCCUCCACUAGGUUUCCUGUGGACCCUGUUACAUCCACAAACUCACAUCUCAGUGCUAGUGGCUGGACAUCUGUGUCUGAGACAAUAGAGGAGAUCAUAUCCAGUAACAGUACGGAGAGAAACAGAACAGGGACCAUUAAUGACACAAGGAUGCAGACAGAGGUUGAAGAAAGUUCAUCAUUACUCAUCUUCCUGGUGACAUGCCUGAUCUUCGGUCUUCUGGUGGUGGUCAUUUUUUUUGCCAUCAAGCUGAGGAGAGCACACAUCACCUGGAAGAGAGUUUUUAUUGUCACAGAGAAUGAAGAAUCGGAUCCAUCAGAGGAGAGCAGUAAGUCAAAAUCUAGCCAGGAGGAGAGGAACUCCCAAGGACAGAGACGAAGAGGGCUCUUCAACAUGGCAUUCACAAAGUAUGUUGUUGAAGAACCAACAGGGAUAACUUCGGUGAUAAACACAGGAGCAAUGGCAGCAUCAGAGAAUGUAAAUAAAGAGCAGACUUCUCAACCUCAAACUUCAGCCAAAUGUGAUAUCAAGGAGACAGAGCUAUAAUAAUCAGAAAAAUUUAUUAUAUAUAUAUAUAUAUAUAUAUAUAUAUAUUGUAUUUUUCAUUAGCGUAAUCUGUGAAGAUGAUUAUGGUGGUAGAUAUUAUAUAUAAUAUCUAGCUAAUGAGUUUUUUACUGUACUUGUAAAAGAGUGUUUACACAGUAAGGAAU